GAUGCCCACGCCACAUGAAGGAGAGGUAGAAAUGCCGUGUGAGGAAAGAGACAGAGGCCAAGAACACUGAGACGCCAGACAUGUAGACAAAGAAGCCGCCGUGGAAGCGGAUCCUCCAGGCCCAGCUGCCCCAGCUGACGCCACCUGGAUAAGACAUGAACGCCCCACUGCGUCCUUCCCAACUUCUGGACCCACAGAAUUGACAACAAUAUGGAUACAAAAUCCAUCCUAGAAGAACUUCUUCUCAAAAGGUCACAGCAAAAGAAGAAAAUGUCACCAAAUAACUACAAAGAGCGGCUUUUUGUUUUGACCAAAACAAACCUCUCCUACUAUGAAUAUGACAAAAUGAAAAGAGGCAGCAGAAAAGGAUCAAUCGAGAUUAAGAAGAUCAGAUGCGUGGAGAAAGUAAAUGUUGAGGAGCAGACCCCUGCGGAGAGGCAGUACCCAUUUCAGAUUGUCUAUAAAGAUGGGCUUCUCUAUGUCUAUGCAUCAAACGAAAAGAGCCGAAGUCAGUGGUUGAAAGCAUUACAAAAAGAGAUAAGGGGCAACCCCCACCUGCUGAUCAAGUACCAUAGUGGGUUCUUCGUGGACGGGAAGUUCCUGUGCUGCCAACAGAGUUGCAAAGCGGCCCCAGGAUGUACACUCUGGGAAGCAUAUGCUGAUCUGCACAUUGCAACCAAUGAAGAGAAACACAGAGCUCCCACCUUCCCAGACAGAGUGCUGAAGAUUCCUCGAGCAGUUCCUAUUUUCAAAAUGGAUGAACCAUCUUCAAGUACCACUCUAGCUCAGUAUGACGGUGACUCAAAGAAAGACUAUGGCUCCCAGUCAAACGUCAAGAUGCGGUAUAUUCCGAAAGAAGACUUCCCUGACUGGUGGCAAGUCAGAAAACUGAAAAGCAGUGAAGAUUUUGCGUGCAGUAACCAAAGGGAAAGAGAUGUUGUAAAUCACAGCACCUCAAAGAUGUCAUGGGGAUUCCCUGAGUCAAGUUCAUCUGAAGAAGAGGAAAACCUGGAUGACUAUGACUGGUUUGCAGGUGACAUCUCCAGGUCACAAUCUGAGCAGUUACUGAGACAAAAGGGAAAAGAAGGAGCGUUUAUGGUUAGAAAUUCCAGCCAGGCGGGAAUGUACACAGUGUCCUUAUUUAGUAAGGCUGUGAAUGAUAAGAAAGGAACCGUCAAACAUUACCAUGUGCAUACAAAUGCUGAGAACAAAUUGUACCUGGCAGAAAACUACUGUUUUGAUUCCAUUCCAAAGCUUAUUCACUAUCAUCAACACAAUUCAGCAGGCAUGAUCACACGACUCCGCCACCCUGUGUCGACCAAGGCCAACAAGGUUCCCAUCUCCGUGUCCUUGGGAAGUGGACUCUGGGAACUGAAAAGAGAAGAGAUUACCCUGCUGAAGGAGCUGGGAAGUGGCCAGUUUGGAGUGGUCCAUCUGGGCAAGUGGAAGGGGGAGUAUGAUGUUGCUGUUAAGAUGAUCAAGGAGGGUUCCAUGUCAGAGGAUGAAUUCUUCCAGGAGGCCCAGACCAUGAUGAAACUCAGCCAUCCCAAGCUGGUGAAAUUCUACGGAGUGUGUUCAAAGAAAUACCCUAUAUACAUAGUGACUGAAUAUAUAACCAAUGGCUGCUUGCUUAAUUACCUGAAGAGUCAUGGUAAAGGACUUGAACCCUCCCAGCUCUUGGAAAUGUGCUAUGACGUUUGUGAAGGCAUGGCCUUCUUGGAGAGGCACCAGUUCAUACAUCGGGACUUGGCGGCUCGGAACUGCUUGGUGGACAGUGAUCUCUCUGUGAAAGUAUCUGACUUUGGAAUGACGAGGUAUGUUCUUGAUGACCAGUAUGUCAGUUCAGUAGGAACAAAGUUUCCAGUCAAGUGGUCAGCCCCAGAGGUGUUUCACUACUUCAAAUACAGCAGCAAGUCAGACGUAUGGGCAUUUGGGAUCCUGAUGUGGGAAGUAUUCAGCCUGGGGAAGCAGCCCUACGACUUGUAUGACAACUCCCAGGUGGUUGUGAAGGUCUCCCAGGGCCACAGGCUCUAUCGGCCCCAACUGGCAUCAGACACCAUCUACCAGAUCAUGUACAGCUGCUGGCACGAGCUUCCAGAAAAGCGUCCAACAUUUCAGCAACUCCUAUCUUCUAUCGAACCACUUCGGGAAAAAGACAAGCCUUGAAGAAGAAAUUAGGAGCUCUGAUGAGAAUGAAUGUACAUGUUGGCCAACAUUUUCAUUCUUUUUAAGGAAAGUAGCAAGGCACAGACAAUGUAAUUUAGCUAGUUCUUCUUAAUAGUAUUCCGUGUGCUGUUUGUCUAUUAUCUUAUCUAGAAAUGAACAAGGUAGGAAACAAAAGAUUUCCGUGAAAUUUAGGUCUAAUUAGUAAUUUUGUUUAUGCUGCUCUUAAUAUUACACUCCCCAGCCUGUAGCAGAAGCACAUUUUCUGAUUGCAAUAGAAAGAGGGUGUGUACCGUGUGCAAAGAUUGAGCAGAAUUGAAAAAUUAUUUGUUGGAUAUCUGUUCUUUUCUUUAAUUGUCACUCUCAUGAUAAUUAAAUAUACUAUUAUCGAGUACAGAAAGGUGGACACUUGCCUUGAUGUUUCAAUGUUCUGAAUCUUUAGCAUGCAUGAGAAUCAA